UUCAAAGAUUUGCGACAGAGCUGUGAUCUUUACAAUGGCCUCGGUUACCAGUGCAGUGGCCAAUGGUCCCUGGACCCGACCCUUUUGUGUAUCGUCAUGUGGUAAAACAAGACCCAGUGUCGUGUUCUUUCCAAUUGACCCAAAACAUGGGGUCUCCCCUUUUGCAAAGGUAGACCACGAGGUGGCGACGAGGUAAAAUGUGGUGAGAAUAUUUGUACCCGAUCUACCACGUGACACUGGGGGACGCGAUACCUGAAUUAGGGGAAGUCUGGAUUCUGCCGGGUGGUUUGCGUCAUGGUACCCCCCAAUUCGUGUAACCACUGUAACCAUCGGUUUGUGCAAGUUUACUCCGUAAUAACUUGGAUCUCUCAACCUUGUCAUCAUCCUCUGGUCUUCCUUUGUCCUACCAAACUUAAAACAGCUUUGACGAAUGGGCUCUUUCCGCAGAGUGUCAUCGCAAUUGAUUUCAACCGCCAACUGCAUUCGACUAGGCAACCAGCGAGCCAUACAUCUUACAAACGGCCCCGUCAGAGUCGACAAAGCAAGCCUUCGAUAUACAGUACCAACUCUUUUAGCUUCGAGGCAAGCACGCCUUGAUCCUUUUUGCAUUAGACGACACCUCACGUCUGCCAGUCCCCCUCAGCUACUCCUACAGGCAACGUCGAAACACGGCAUGGCUUCAGACGAAGAAUAUAUGGCCUUCUUGAACAAGGCCAACGAGGACCCCCAAGCGGGGUACGCAAAGCAGGCAGACACGGGCGCUAGCAAGAUAUUCAAGGCACAGGAUACUGGCGUGGACGUACCGAAGCCCAUCGCGACCGCUCUCGAGAAGGGGGAUAAGGUAUACGUGUCGGACGCGGACGAGCCGUUCGUUGCCGUGGCGCUGAGCUGGGAUGAGGGGGGCAAGGGGCUUCCCGAUGAGGUCGAGUUUGCGGAGCUGAUACAACAUCCCGACCCGGAGAAUGCCGGCGUGGAACUCUUAGACCCUAUCGACUGGGACUCGGAUGGGCAGUAUCAGGAUCUCGUCGAGGCGGUCCGGACCGCUGGGAAGGGGAACGAUGUCCGGGUAUAUCGUGUGCCGAGCAGCGGGGCCAGAGUUGAGUAUUGGGUUGUCACCACGGAAGGGAAGGGACCGGAAGCUAAGCUUGUUGGCGUCAAGGCGAUGGCGGUGGAAAGCUAGACAUCCAGAUGAUACCCGGGCGAGAAGGAAAAACUAGGUGGGGGAUAGUGAGAUUGUCGGGAAAACAUCACAUAAUUGCGGAAGUGAUACGGGUUACGAGAAGACCGGAAGCCCAAAGAAUGGGGCACUAUUAAUUACAUUGCACAUUUCCUUCACUCCUUGGUCGUGCAUUCGAAUGCCAUGUGGCCCUUCUAGUAUCUAUAGCUAGCUCGACUGAACCGUAACUCGAUGGAACAGCUGCGCGUCGAGAUGGGACGGGCUCGGGGAGUUUCACCAGCGACUUGAUUGACCUUGGUACCUUACCGUGGGGGGUUUCCUU